AUGCUGCAGUCCGAUGGUGGCACCGACUCCGCUCUGGAUGCAUCAGCAGCCGCCAGCCCUCUGCCUCCGGCUGCAGCUGCGUUUGCUGUGCCGGUCGAGCUGCCGGACUUUUGGCUUCACGAUCCCCCGUCAUGGUUCGUGCACGUGGAGGCUCAGUUCGCCCUUCGUGGCAUCUCGGCUGACGACAUGAAAUAUCUCCAGGUGGUGGCCUCUCUCGACCCGCUAGCCACCCGUCGUGCGUUGACUCUCCUCCGGGACCCACCCGCCCGAGGGAAGUACGCCGCCCUUAAGGAGCUGCUUCUUCGGCGCUAUGCCCUCUCCGACGCAGAGCGAGCCGAGAAGCUCCUCUCCCUCUCAGGCCUGGGUGGCGGUACGGCUCUCGAACUGAUGGAGCACAUGCUGUCCUUUCUCGGUCCGGACGACGGGGGAUUCCUGUUCGCCCACAUCUUCCUCCGACAGCUGCCGGCGGCCGUGAGAGCCGGCCUCGCCAACUCUCCGCUUCUGGGCACGAAGGAUUAUCGCUCCCUGGCUGAGGACGCGGAUCGUAUUCUCUUGGCUACCCGCGCUUUCCACGAUCACGACCUAGUUCCAGCCUCGCCGGCGGCGCCUUCUACUUCCCCGCUGACCUGCCCCGACGUGUCCGCUCCUUCGCUGGUGGCAAAGGUCGCGGCACAGCGACACCGCGGACGGGACCUCUGUUUCUACCAUCAGCGUUUUGGCCCUAGAGCACGCCGCUGCUUGCUGCCUUGUGCUUUUCCGACCCUGGGACACGGGCCCCGACAGCGCGCUGUAGCGGCCGCGACCGCUGGCGACAAAGAAAAACUGCUCUUCAUAGAAGACUCGCGCUCCGGGAGACGUUUCCUGGUCGACUCCGGCUCCCAGAAGAGCCUCCUUCCCCCGUCCGGCGCCGACAGUUUAGCAGCGGGCUGCGGACUGCAGCUUAUUGCGGCUAAUGGCUCUCCCAUCGCAACGUUCGGGGAAAGUGCCCUGUUUCACUCGCGCCAUCGAGCCCCUGAAUCGGUCUAA